AUGAGUAUAAUUUAAAAUCCUGAUUAGAAUACGGCAAUCAAAGUAGAAAAAAUACAAAUUAGUGCCAUAUAAAAUGACAUAGAAAACACUUGUCACCUACCUAAAAGAAGAAUAAAAGCAGAAAAUAAAUCUUAUACUAACAUAUCUUAAGGGUGUUUAACUCCUACUAGUCCAUUCUACUAAAAAACGCCUAAAACUAAUUAGAACUAAAACUACUCUCAUACUAUAAAAAGGAUAUUCAAAACUAUUAAUUAGAAUAAACAAGAAGAUUUGAAAUUAGAUUCACAAUUUACUAGAACAUGCACAAAUAUAAAAUCGUUAAGGCGCUUUAAUAACUUUUUUUAGAAUAAAAUAGAAGGAUAGAUCAGAAGCUCUUCAUAUAGCAAUUUGAAUAAUUUGUAAUAACCAAGCACUCCUUAAACUUUUAAAUUUAAAAAAAACAAUUAAGACUACUAAGGUUACUAUUCUUAAACUAUCAUAAAUAAUAUGCCUUCAUAGUCCUAAUCUAAUGUAGGUAUAAAUUCAAAAGAUAGCAAUACAUCUCUAGAAUAAAAUAAAGAGAAGUAGAUUCCCAAAGAAGUAAAUAAGGUUUAACUUUUUAAGACAUACUAGUAGUAGCUUUAUUCAAAAAGAAACUCUGUUGGUGGAGGUAAGAUAAAUUGGAUGAAUUUCAAGUACUAAAACUAGCGUAGAUCAGUAAACAUAAGUAUUGAAAAUGGAGAAUAAAUUUAAAGUAAAAAUAUUGACACUAAUAAUAGUACUUCAGUCGAAAAUUAAACCAAUUAAGAAUGUAUGUCUAUUUAAGAAUAGAAGCCAAAUUAAGUAUUAUAAUCAAUAAAAGAACACUAAACUAAUUAAUAAAACAAAAUAUAUCAAUAAUAAUCAAAAUCUAAUCAGGAAUCUACUUCUAAUAUCACAACUAACAAUAGUUUAUCUAAACAAAUUAUGGUGGAUGAUAUUAUCAAAACUCCUAAUUCAAAAGAUAUUCACAGCACUUCUUUGAUAUUUUCAUCAAAAAAUAAAGGAAACAAUAGAAGUAAUAAUAAAAUAUAUCAUAGUAAUAAUAAUACUUUUUUGGGUAAAUAUAAAUAAAUGAAUUCAAACAAUAUUCAAAAUAAUAAAAAAAUUUCUACUUUUAGUGAUUUUUCCAAGUUAGUAAACAAUUCGAAUAAAUAAUUGGCUGCAGAAAAUGCAGAGCAAGAACAUUCAUAAACCCCUUAAAGUUCAAAAAACUUUAAUCUAUCAAAUAAAAUUUAAUCUGAUAAGACUAAUUAAUAUUUUUAUUCUCCCUUAAAGCCUAGCUUGAAUAAUUUUACUUCUUCACUAAUAAAUAUGUAUUCAAAUUAUGAUAAUUAAAAUAAGAAAAGAUAAACUUUAGAAUAUAUUUCUCCUGUUAAUUAUAACAGAAUUUAAGAAGAUUCAAAAAGGGUAUCUUUAGUAAAUGCUAUAGAGGCAUAGGAUUUAACAGCUAAAAAUAAAGCUUAAUCAAUUAAAGAAGAAGGAUAUGAAAAUUAAUAAUAAUAUGCAAAUAUAAACUAACUGACAUAGGCUGAUGAUGAUAAAUAAAAUACUAAUCAAGAAUAAAACUAAACUAUUUCUACUGUCAAUAAAACUAUUGAGAAAUUAAAUUUUAAAAAGGCUUAAAUAUUUCAAAUUAAAUAGGAAGUUAAGACUAAAGAAAUUAAAGUUUAUGAUGACACUUUUAAAUUGUAAAGAAGGUCUUCAAAAGGAUCUGAUGAUUUUGAAUUUAUAUAAUUACCUUUUUAUAGAAAAAAAAUUGUAGUUGUUCCAAAUUCUAAUCAACAAUUCUAUAGUAUUAAAGCAAAUAAAAAUGAAUUUAAUCAUAAUCAAUAGCAACAAGAUUAUACAAAAAGUAAAAAUUUACAACUACAGCACACUCAGAUACCUAUGGAUUAGUUUUAUAAAUUUGGAGAAUAUAUCUCUUCUCAGUAAAUGAAUAAUUAAUAAAAUAAUGUUUAGUUUAGCUCUCCUAUUAAUAAUAAUAAAAAUCUUCAUAAUUUAAUCAAUUUUUAAAGUAAUCUUAAUGAUACAUAAAUCGAAUAACUUGUUUAAAAAUAAAGAUAAUUCUAAUUGCAAAAAGGUGCAAAUAUACUUAAAUUAAAGGAAGCAUUAAAAUAAAGUUAAAAUGAAACAAUUAUGGGAUUGAUAAGCCCUGAAAAUAGAUACUAGACUAACUUGUAUUCAAAAAAAUACGAAUAAUAUAUACAAAAGAAGAGAUGA